AUGGCUCCUCCUGCAACCGAAGAAAUGCCUUUGACCGACAUCAGUUCUUUCGUGCAACAUCUGCACUCCUCCAAGCGUAUCGUUGCUUUGCUAGGAGCUGGUCUCUCGGCUUCCAGUGGUCUGCCGACGUUUCGUGGUGCUGGUGGACUAUGGAGGACCUAUGAGGCCACAAUGCUUGCCACGCCCGAAGCAUUUCAGGCCGAUCCCGUUCUAUCAUGGCAAUUCUAUUCUUACAGACGCCACAUGGCUCUCAAUGCCAAACCAAACCGAGCCCACCUUGCGUUGGCAGAGUUGGCCCGUCGAAAUCCAAACUUCGUCACACUAUCGCAGAACGUCGAUGGAUUAGGUCCGCGUGCCGGUCAUCCUGCUGAGCAACUAAAACUAUUGCACGGCAAUCUCUUCGAUGUCAAGUGCUGGGAUGAGCACAGUUGUGGUUACUACCGGAAGAAUGACUUCGCCGACCCUAUUGUUCCUGGUUUGGCACUUCCAGAGUAUGGAAAUACCGCUCCUGACUCACAACUCAAAGCGGCUGUGGAGCAGAAGAAGCACAAACUCCUUCGGGGAGCUGACACUUCGGAUAUCAAUGUCAAGCUACCUGCACUGAAACGAGAAGAUCUGCCACAAUGCCCGCAAUGCAAGAAGAACUUGCUUCGACCAGGAGUUGUGUGGUUUGGCGAAGCACUACCGGAAGAUGUCAUGCAGGACGUGGAGGAAUAUUUCGAGUCGCCUGAGAAGAUCGACUUGAUGCUGGUGAUCGGCACAAGCGCAAAGGUCUAUCCGGCGGCAGGAUACAUCAACAUGGCACGCGCUAAAGGAGCACGAGUCGCAGUCAUCAACAUGGAUCGCAGCGAUGCCAGAGAAAUGACCAAGCAGGACUGGUUUUUCGAAGGAGAUGCAGCAGUCAUCGUUCCCGACAUGUUGCAGAGCGUGAUUGGCGAGAUCAAGGAGUUCGAUGAGAGCAAAGGUCCAGCACCCUAA